UGUAAUAAAUUAGAAAAGGGAAUUAAUAUAGUGGGGUAGUAGUAAUAGAGGAAGGGAAAGAGAGGUAUGGGGAGGUGGAACAGAGCAUUUGUUACGCCCACGGACUUUGGCAGCCAUUCAAUGCUCCACCAAACGCUCAUCCCUUCCUCCUCCUCUUCCUCCUCCUCCGCCUCUCUCUUUCCCUUCUCUUCUCCAUCCUCACCUCUUCCUCUCCCUCUUCGGCUUCUUCGUCACCCCCCUCCUCCUCCUACUCCUCCUCCCAUGGUGUACUCCUCAUCACAGGUGGUGGAGAAGGAGACGAAUAUGGAGCUUUUGAGUUCUUGCAGGGGGGAAGUGGCUUCUUUGCAGCAGCAGCAGCAGCAGCAGCAGGGUUUUGGGGUUGCGGAGGAAGGGGGGUUCAUGGAAAGGGCGAACUUCGUGGUGGAAGGGUUCUCGGUGGACGAGCUUCUCGACCUCGGAGAAUUCGCCGAGCCCGAGCAAGACGAAGAAGAAGCAGAAGCGGAAACGGUAGAAGCGCUGGAAGCGGAAGCGGGGUGUGGGGAAACGGAGCUCCACACGGAGAGCUCCAAUUCGGGCUCUUUAAUUAACUCCUCCGUUUCCACUUCCCCUCUCCCCUUCGACCCGCCCCCACCCUCCGAUGAUUUCCUCCCGGAGCAUGAUGCGAAGGAGUUCGAAUGGGUUUCUUUGUUGAUGGACGACACGCUCUCGGAGAUGCCACCGCCGUGCGCGGCGGCGCCGCCUAGGCCGGCUGCAGCUGCGGCGGUGCCGAGCCCUACCGUGUGCGCGCUCGCCACGGAGGCCUUCGCCCCGGUGAAGGCCAAGCGGAGCAAGCGCUCGCGCGGCGGCGGUGGCGGCAGCGGGGGCGGCGGUGGGGCGGCGUGGUCCCUCUCCUCAAGCGGCGGCGGCGGCGGCUCCUCGUCCGCCCCCUUCUCCGACUCUUCUUCUUCGUCGUCCUCCACCACGACCUCCACCGCCACCACGACCUCGUCGUGCUCGUCCUCGCCGCCCUUAUCCUCCCUCCUCGUCUACGACCUCCCCCUCGUCGGCGCCUCCUCCGACCCGGGCCUCUUCCUCCUCCACGACUCCUCCGACUCCGACAACCCCCCUCUCCUCCCCCCUCCCCCCCGAAAGCUAAAGCUCUCGCCCCCAAACAACAACAACAUCAACAACAACAACAACAACAACAACAACAGCAAGCAGAAGCCCAAAAAGAAGCGCGGCCGCAAACCCAAACACCACCACCACAACCACCACAAGUACCAGCAGCACCAAGGGCUGCCUCCUCCUCCUCCUCCGGCCUCCCAAAUUCCCGCCGCCGGCGAGCGGCGGUGCAGCCACUGCGGCGUGCAGAAGACCCCGCAGUGGCGCGCGGGGCCCGAGGGCGCCAAGACUCUCUGCAACGCCUGCGGCGUCCGCUACAAGUCCGGCCGCCUCCUCCCCGAGUACCGCCCCGCCUGCAGCCCCACCUUCGUCUCCGACGUCCACUCCAACUCCCACCGCAAAGUCCUCGAAAUGCGCCGCAAGAAGGAGGCCGCCAUCCUCCUCCCCUCCGUCCCCGCCGCCGCCCCCCUCCCCGUCCCUUCCUUCUAAACCACCGCCUCCGAAAAAACGCCGCACCCUUCGCUCGGCAAUGUAAAUUAUGCACCAAAAACAUCUCUUUUCCUUUUCUUUUUUCUUUUUUCUUUUUUCUUUUUUUUCCUCCGCGGACUUAAUUUUUCUCGAAUUUAAUUAGAAGAGGCGGUAGGAAUUAGGAAUUUAGCCUUUGCGCCUUCUCUCUGCUUUUGUAGCGGUUUUAUUUUAGUCAUUUAUUCGUCGACCUUCAAGAGAGAAUAGAAUUAGAUUAGAUUAGAUUCGAGAGGAGUUUAACUGGUUCCAUUUUUCUCAGGGGAUAGAAGAGAGAAAGGCAAAUUUAUUAUUAUAUACAUAGAUAUAGCGUAGGCAUAAUUGGAGAUAUAUAUAUAUAUAUAUAUCUGUGUAAUGUAUAACUUUUAUGCAGUUGUGUGGGGUGUUUUUUUUUUUAAUUUUAUUUUAUUUUUGUAGUUGGUUAGUGAGAGGUAUGCGUCCAAUGAAAUUUGCACUCGGCCUCUUCUUAUUUA